AUGAUGAAAAUAAUGUAGUACCAUCAGGAUUAUAUGUAGGACAGAGUUUUUACACAUGGGACAAAGCUAAAGAGUACCUUAAUAAUUAUGGAAAGGAAAAAGGGUUUAGUAUUCGUAGAAAACAAAGUGAAUGUUUUAUUGAAAAUAAGAACAAAGUCAUAACAAGAAUUAAUUUGAAAUGUAGUUGUGCAAGUAAAUAUCAACCAAAAAGGUUUUAA